CUUUAAUUUACGCUUAGUCACUACUCACCAGCAGAAGGGCUCCGCCUCCGACAGUGGUUUGCUUUUGCCGCCUGUAGUUGAUCGAAUCGGAAGUCUAGAGAAAGAAGUGCUUAAUUUGUUUGACGAUGGACAUCACUCUAAAUGAGCUAACAACUAGAAGGGAAAAAGCUGGGCAGAAUCAUCACAGCAGGAGUGAUUCAGUUGCAUCCACACCAAAAGUACACCAGGAAAAGGUUCAGCCUUUCUCUUAUUUGAAUUGUUCCGCUGUGAAGGUUGGUGAGAAGAGACAGAGAGACGAGUAUGCUGCUGAGAUUCGCAAUACCGGCGAACAGAACAGUAGAAGAGGUUCCAAUGAUAAUGGAUGUGCAGAAAGGGGAGAAGAGUCUGUACAACCAGAGAUUUCUGAAUGUGCUGAUCCAAAGUUUAACGACUUUGAGAAGCUGAGGGCAGAUGCAAACUUUGCGGUUGGGCAGACAUGGGCUCUUUAUGAUACAGCGGAUGGGAUGCCUAGACUGUAUGCUCAUAUCAGAAAAGUUUCAGCUCCUUCCUUUGGGCUUAGGAUCACAUACUUAGAGCCAGAUCCAGAUGAUGAGAAACAGAUCAAAUGGUGUGAAGAAGACUUGCCUGUUUCCACUGGUAAGUUCAGGCUCGGAAAAAACGAGAACACAAAAGAAAUUUCCAAAUUCUCUCAUCUUAUCCAAAGCCACGAAGGAAACAACACUGGUCGUCACUUCACUAUCUCCCCAAGAAAAGGCGAGACUUGGGCCUUGUUCAAGAACUGGGACAUCAACUGGUCUUCAGAGCCAGACUCUCACUGCAGUUACGAGUAUGAGUUUGUUGAGAUCUUGUCAGACUACGCUGACGAAACUGGCGUCUUUGUUUCGUACCUGCAUAAAGCAAAAGGGUUUGCAAGUGUCUUCUUUCGAAUGGGGACUGAUCAUGGAGACAUCUUCCGUGUCUACAGUCUGUACCGGUUCUCCCACAUGGUUCCUUCCUUCAAACUGACUGAAACUGAAGGAAAACGUGUGCCUAAAGAUGCUUACGAGCUGGACCAAGCUGCGUUACCAAAAACAAUCCAAGAGGUUAUGGUGCCUUCAGAGAGUAAUAGCAAGCCUAAACGCCAAGACAUCUACUUUGUUAGCAAGGGGAAGGUUUUUCAGACUGGUCAAGUUUGGUCAUUUUGUAGUCGCUAUGAUGAUUUGCCUCUGUACUACGGUAAGAUACAGAAGAUAACUUUCACUCAGGCGUUUAAGCAGGAGCCAGUGUUUAAACUACACAUUGGUAGGCUAAAGGCAACUACUCCUUUCCCUAAGGAUGUUGUCGAAUGGAGAGACAGAGGAAUGCCUGUUGGUUGUGGAACUUUCUACGCAAGAAAGGCUCUCGAAAUCAUUACCCCUAGUCAAGUUUCACAUCAGGUCAUCCCUCAAGUCUCCUUGGAUGGAAAUGAAUACACCAUUCUCCCUAAGAUUGGCGAAGUUUGGGCGAUAUACAGAUACUGGAGCGUUCAUAUUGAUGUUGAGGAUUUGGAGUUUGGUCUUUACGACAUUGUGGAAGUUCUUGAUGACUCCUUGGAAGACUAUAAGGUACAAAUGCUGGUGCAAGAAUCAUUUCUUGAUGAUGAUGAGAAUUAUAAUAGGUAUUUUAAGGGAGCAACGGAGUAUGUGGAUAACGAGGUGGAAGGGUCAGAACCUAUAUUUACAAUCCCAAAGUCAGAAAGGAUCAGAUUCUCGAACAAGGUUCAUGCUUUGCGUGUAACCAAAGAGAUACAUGGGGAGUUAAAUGACCUUUUUUGUAUGGAGUUUAAUGCGGUGCCUAUAAAUAUUCUACUCCAUUGAACAAAGGAAGUGAGGAGAAUGAUGAUUCCUUCUAUAUUUUUUGGGGUUUAGAAUCUUAAGACUUUCUCUAUGAUGUAAUUCUUAUUUAUCAUAUGAAACAUCAAGUAUUUGCUGGU